AUGAGCGCCAACGGCCCUGCCCCCGCCCCUGCGGCCACACCUGCCCCCGUGGGCUCGCUGGCGCAGAAAAAGCGGCAACAGUAUACCAAAAGCAAGAAGCAGGGCAGCAGCGCCAACAACAGGCCACCGCGAGCUCUCUUCUGCCUCAACCUCAACAACCCCAUCCGCAGGGCCUGCAUCAGCCUGGUGGAGUGGAAGCCAUUUGAUAUCUUUAUACUGAUCGCAAUUUUUGCCAACUGUAUGGCCUUAGCUGUAUAUGUCCCUUUCCCAGAAGAUGACUCCAACUCAACAAACCAUGAUCUGGAAACAGUGGAAUAUGCCUUCCUUAUCAUUUUUACUAUUGAGACCUUCCUGAAGAUCAUAGCAUAUGGAUUAGUGAUGCACCAGAACGCAUAUGUACGAAAUGGAUGGAACAUGCUGGAUUUCGUCAUUGUCGUGGUUGGAUUGUUUAGUGUUGUCUUGGAAGUCUUGACCAAAGAUGAUGAGCAGGACUCUGCAGGAACUCCUCCGUCCAUGCACGGUCACGGAGGAAAGCCGGGCGGAUUUGAUGUCAAAGCCCUCAGAGCCUUCCGCGUGCUUCGGCCCCUGCGACUGGUCUCAGGAGUGCCCAGUUUACAGGUGGUGUUGAACUCCAUUAUUAAAGCCAUGGUCCCUCUCCUCCACAUUGCCCUCCUGGUUCUGUUUGUCAUCAUUAUCUAUGCUAUCAUUGGUCUGGAGCUCUUCAUUGGGAAAAUGCACGCAACCUGCUUCGUCUCUGGUACAGAUAUGAUUGUAGAGGAGGAGCCAGCUCCAUGUGCUGUGAACGGGCACGGCCGCCAGUGCUCCAUCAAUGGCACGGAGUGCAAAGAGGGCUGGCACGGCCCCAACGGUGGUAUCACCAACUUUGACAACUUCCUGUUUGCCAUGCUGACUGUGUUCCAGUGUAUCACUAUGGAAGGCUGGACAGACGUCCUCUACUGGAUGAAUGAUGCUAUGGGUCAUGAGUUGCCAUGGGUUUAUUUUGUAAGUCUGGUGAUCUUCGGCUCCUUCUUCGUGCUGAACCUGGUUCUGGGUGUGUUGAGCGGAGAGUUCUCUAAAGAAAGAGAGAAGGCAAAGGCUCGUGGAGACUUCCAGAAACUGAGGGAAAAGCAGCAGCUUGAGGAGGAUCUGAAGGGCUAUCUUGACUGGAUUACUCAGGCCGAAGAUAUUGACCCUGAAAAUGAGGAGGACGAUGAGGAAGGCAAACGCAACCGGGUCACAUUGGCUGACCUCACCGAGAAGAAGAAGGGAAGGUUUGGGUGGUUCAGCCAGUCCUCUGACACUCAUGCGAGCAUGCCUGCCAGCGAAACAGAGUCAGUGAACACGGAGAACGAGAAAGGGGAGGAUGAGAAAACGCCAUGCUGUGGGCCGCUAUGUCAAAAAAUUUCAAAGUCAAAGUUCAGUCGACGCUGGCGUCGCUGGAACCGAUUCUGCCGCAGGAAGUGCCGCCUUGCGGUGAAGUCGGUGCCUUUCUAUUGGCUGGUGAUCAUCCUGGUCUUUCUCAACACCCUUACCAUUUCCUCGGAACAUUACAAUCAGCCAAUGUGGCUGACACAAGUCCAGGAUGUGGCCAAUAAGGUGCUGCUGGCCCUGUUCACCUGCGAAAUGUUGGUAAAGAUGUACAGUCUGGGCUUGCAGGCCUACUUUGUGUCUCUGUUUAAUCGUUUCGACUGCUUCGUGGUGUGCGGUGGUAUAACGGAGACCAUUCUUGUGGAGCUGGAGAUUAUGUCUCCACUCGGCAUUUCUGUGUUCCGCUGUGUUCGCCUGCUCAGGAUCUUCAAAGUCACCCGGCACUGGGCCUCUCUCAGUAACUUGGUGGCAUCGCUGCUCAACUCCAUGAAGUCUAUUGCCUCUCUGCUACUGCUGCUCUUCCUCUUCAUCAUUAUCUUCUCCCUGCUCGGCAUGCAAGUGUUCGGCGGCAAGUUCAACUUCGAUGAGACACAGACAAAGAGGAGCACCUUUGAUAACUUCCCUCAGGCCCUACUCACUGUGUUUCAGAUCUUAACAGGUGAAGACUGGAAUGCUGUUAUGUAUGACGGGAUCAUGGCCUAUGGUGGGCCUUCCUCAUCAGGGAUGAUUGUGUGUAUUUACUUCAUCAUUCUCUUCAUCUGUGGAAACUACAUUCUCCUGAAUGUGUUCUUGGCUAUCGCUGUGGAUAACCUGGCAGAUGCGGAGUCUCUGAACACAGACGGGGAUGAUAAGAAGAAAGGCGAUGACAAGAAGGAUGAUGAAAAUGAUGAUGAAACAAAGGUUGCUGUUGAGGAUGAAAAAGACAACGCAGAGGAUGAGGAAGAUGAGCCAGAGGUACCUGCAGGGCCACGUCCCCCCAUCUCUGAGCUCGUGAAGAAGGAGAAGAUCAUACCAAUACCAGAAGGGAGUGCUUUCUUCAUCUUCAGCAGCACCAACCCAAUCCGAGUCGCAUGCCAUAAGCUAAUAAACCACCACAUCUUCACCAACCUCAUCCUGGUCUUCAUCAUGCUCAGCUCUGUUUCCCUGGCAGCCGAAGACCCAAUCAGAAACUUCUCCGCUCGCAACAUCAUACUUGGUUACUUUGACUAUGCUUUCACGGCUAUCUUUACUGUUGAGAUCCUGUUGAAGAUGACUACGUACGGAGCAUUCCUGCACAAAGGAGCAUUCUGCAGGAAUUAUUUCAACCUCUUGGACCUGCUGGUAGUCGGGGUUUCCCUGGUCUCCUUUGGCAUACAGUCCUCGGCUAUCUCCGUGGUGAAGAUUCUGAGAGUGUUGCGGGUGCUUCGUCCACUGAGGGCCAUUAACAGAGCCAAAGGCCUAAAGCACGUGGUCCAGUGUGUGUUUGUGGCGAUCAGGACCAUCGGCAACAUCAUGAUUGUCACCACUCUACUGCAGUUCAUGUUCGCUUGUAUUGGAGUGCAGCUCUUCAAGGGCAAGUUCUACCGCUGCACAGACGAGGCAAAGUCCAGCCCAGAGGAGUGCAAAGGAACAUUCAUCCUGUAUAAGGAUGGAGAUGUGAACCAGCCAGUCAUCCAGAAGAGACAGUGGUACAACAGCGACUUCAACUUUGACAAUGUACUCAUGGCUAUGAUGGCUCUGUUCACUGUGUCUACCUUUGAAGGCUGGCCAGCGUUGCUUUACAAGGCCAUUGACUCAAACAGGGAAAAUCUAGGACCUAUAUACAACUACCGCGUGGAGAUCUCAAUAUUCUUCAUCAUCUACAUCAUCAUCAUCGCCUUCUUCAUGAUGAACAUCUUCGUCGGUUUUGUCAUCGUUACGUUCCAAGAACAGGGAGAGAAAGAGUACAAGAACUGUGAGCUGGAUAAGAACCAGCGUCAGUGCGUGGAGUAUGCUUUGAAAGCACGCCCACUACGGAGAUAUAUCCCUAAGAACCCGUACCAGUAUAAGUUUUGGUAUGUGGUGAACUCCACUGGCUUUGAAUAUAUCAUGUUUGUCCUCAUUAUGCUGAACACACUGUGUCUAGCCGUACAGCAUUAUGGUCAGUCUCAGCUCUUUAACUAUGUGAUGGACAUUCUUAACAUGGUCUUCACUGCUGUCUUCACUGUGGAAAUGGUCCUCAAACUUAUUGCCUUCAAACCUAGGCACUAUUUCACUGAUGCGUGGAACACGUUUGAUGCCUUAAUUGUAGUUGGUAGCGUCGUAGAUAUUGCUAUCACUGAAGUAAACCCCACGGAGGCUCCUCAGGUGGAUGAGUCAGGGAACACAGAGGACAGCGCACGCAUCUCCAUCACUUUCUUCCGCUUGUUCAGAGUCAUGCGAUUGGUCAAGCUGUUGAGCAGAGGGGAGGGCAUUCGAACCCUCCUUUGGACCUUCAUCAAAUCUUUUCAGGCUCUGCCAUACGUUGCCCUGCUGAUAGCAAUGCUGUUCUUCAUCUAUGCUGUAAUCGGCAUGCAGGUUUUUGGAAAGGUUGCCAUGGUGGAUGGAACACACAUCAACAGGAACAACAACUUCCAGACGUUUCCUCAGGCUGUGCUCCUGCUCUUCAGGUGUGCCACAGGUGAGGCGUGGCAGGAGAUCAUGCUGGCCUGCAUGCCAGGCAAGCUGUGUGACCCAGAGUCAGACUAUAACCCUGGAGAGGAGAUGACCUGUGGCAGUGGCUUUGCCAUCGUCUACUUCAUCAGUUUCUACAUGCUCUGUGCUUUCUUGAUCAUUAAUUUGUUUGUUGCUGUCAUCAUGGACAACUUUGACUAUCUGACCCGUGAUUGGUCAAUUUUGGGACCUCAUCACCUUGACGAGUUUAAAAGGAUCUGGUCUGAGUAUGACCCAGAGGCCAAGGGCAGGAUAAAGCAUCUGGAUGUGGUCACUCUGCUUCGCCGCAUACAGCCUCCCCUGGGCUUUGGCAAGCUGUGUCCUCACAGAGUGGCAUGCAAGAGACUGGUGGCUAUGAACAUGCCUCUGAACAGCGAUGGAACAGUAAUGUUUAAUGCCACUCUAUUCGCUCUAGUUAGGACGGCCCUGAAGAUCAAAACAGAGGGUAAUUUGGAGCAGGCCAAUGAGGAGCUACGAGCAGUCAUAAAGAAGAUCUGGAAGAGAACCAGCAUGAAACUGCUUGAUCAAGUGGUGCCCCCUGCUGGUGAUGAUGAGGUGACUGUGGGGAAGUUCUAUGCCACCUUCCUGAUACAGGACUACUUUAGGAAAUUCAAGAAACGCAAAGAGGAAGGCCUGGUGGGUGUUCAUCCCUCCCAAAACAACACAGCUGUCGCACUGCAGGCUGGUCUCCGCACACUGCAUGAUAUCGGGCCAGAAAUCCGCCGAGCGAUAUCAUGUGACCUACAGGACGAGGAGCUAGUAGACUUUAUUCCAGAGGAGGACGAGGAAAUUUAUAGGCGAAACGGUGGUCUCUUCGGCAACCACAUCAACCACGUCGGUGGUGACCAUCGGCGGUCCGGCGGGCACCAGACUAAUGCCACACAGCGCCCCCUGCAGGUGCAGCCCCCGCCACACUACGCCCACAUGGAGCAGCCUGUGGGGCGCCUGGGCCGUGCUAACGCCAUGGCUCAUCAAAACCACCACCAUCAUCAUCAUCAUCAUCACCAUCACCACAACUCCUACGGCAAGUCACCCAAGUCUACCAACAUCAACCUCAACAACGCCAACGUGUCCAGCCUGCCAAACGGGGGUCACCACCGCUACUAUGAACACAUGCCUGCCAAUGGUUACCCAGGCUCAUACUAUGCAGGCGACUAUGACAAACCAAGGACUCCUCACGGACAAAGAAGGCGCUACUAUGAGACCUAUAUUAGGUCCCAUGGGAAUGACAGACGGCAUCCUACUAUCCGUCGAGAGGAGGAGUUUGAUGAGGACCGCUACUCUGCAGAGUACUACAGUGGGGAGGAAUUCUAUGAAGAUGACAGUAUGCUGUCAGGAGACAGGUAUCCAAACAGUGAUCAGGAGUAUGAGACGCCCCGAGGUUACCAUCAUCCCGACAGUUACUACGACGAUGAUGAGCAGCCCCUGUAUCAUGACUCACGAAGGUCACCGAAAAGACGGCUGCUCCCACCCACGCCGCAAGGCCACAGGAGGCCUUCUUUCAACUUUGAGUGUCUGCGCAGACAGAGCAGUCAAGAUGAUCUCCCGCACCAGCGCACUGCACUACCACUGCACCUGAUGCAGCACCAGGUGAUGGCUGUGGCAGGUCUGGACUCCAGUCGAGCUCACAGACUCUCUCCGACACGAUCCACUCGAUCAUGGGCCACCCCGCCUGCCACACCUGCCAGUAAAGAUCGCACUCCCUACUACACACCCCUCAUCCGCGUGGACCGCCCCCUUAGAGACAGUGCCAGCAGCACUCACUCAUCCGUGCGAAAGAGCUCCUGGUACACGGACGACCCAGAGUACCAGCAGCGGACUUACUCACCGGCCCAUCUGCAGGUCCCCCCUGAGUACCGCAAUCAGUACCACCAGAAGAGAGGCAGUGCCACCAGUCUGGUAGAGGCGGUUUUGAUAUCAGAGGGGCUUGGGAGAUAUGCUAAGGACCCAAAGUUCGUCGCUGCCACUAAACAUGAAAUUGCAGACGCCUGUGAGAUGACCAUAGACGAGAUGGAGAGCGCUGCCAGCCAUCUACUGAACGGUGGCAUCUCCCCUGGGGUUAACGGGCUCAACGUCUACCCCAUCCUGGGUCAGAGGGACUACGAGCUGCAGGAUGUGUCAGCCAGCUACAGCGACGAGGAACCGGAGCCCGAGCCUCGGCCGGCCUACGAGGAGGACCUGGCAGACGAGAUGAUAUGUAUCACGACUUUAUAGCACCUGCUGAGCAGCCAAACACUGCUAAAACUAAAGUGUGUUCUUCACAUACAACAAAACCCUGACAAAGAAAUGCAUCUAUUGGCUCACGACCAAAAGAAGUGCCUUUGAAGUGGAAUAGAAAGGCACCCAGACGAAGGACACACUGGUCGCGUCGUCUCACUACCUGCUCGCCAAGGGGUUCGACAGUCACCCUCAGUCACACACCCAACAGAGGAAUCUGUCAGGCAUGCCUGGGCACAGUGCGUCAUCCCUGCUUAGACUGACACUGAGACUUUGGGGACGGUCCCUAUCUUUUAGUGUUGAGAAUUUUAAAGCUCAGUACACGUGGCAGCCAGUUUUGCCACAGUGUCACUGCAGGAUAUGGACCAAAGGGGCAGUGAUGUGAGUUACCAGAGGAUGGGCUUUUGUUAAGGUGAUGACAAUCCGAUUCAUGAUGUCAUUACCUCGGUCACUUUAUUAAGUGUUUGCAUAUCAAGCACGUUAUCGCUACGCGCAGCGCGAGGCA